AUGAAGCUGCUCCGCGUCUUCUUCUCGUCGUCAGUUCUCUUGUUCACGUCCGUUGUGAUGCUGCUGGUGGACGUCGAUCCGGCGGUCUCCUCCUCCACCCUCCCUGACAACUACGCUCGCUAUGACUCCAUCUUCAGCUUCGGCGACUCCUUCGCCGACACGGGCAACGACAUCGUCGUCUUCGCGGCCAACUCGCUGGCCAACCCCGCGGCACGGCUCCCCUACGGCAUGACGUUCUUCGGCAAGCCCACGGGCCGCAACUCCAACGGACGCCUCAUCAUCGACUUCAUCGCUGAGAAGCUGGGGCUCCCGCUCCUGCCGCCGUUCCUGCAGCACAACGGCAACAGCAGCUUCCGGCAAGGCUCCAACUUCGCGGUGGCGGGCGCCUUCGCCCGCGACGCCAGCUUCUACAGAGACAUCCCCGUCGUGGGCCCGUUCGCUCUCAACACCAGCUCCAGCGUGCAGCUGCGGUGGUUCCAAUCGCUCAAGCCAUCGCUGUGCCACCCUGAUCAACAAGACUGCCGGCACUUGUUCCACAACGCGCUCUUCUUCAUGGGCGAGUUCGGGGUCAACGACUACAGCUUCUCCGUCUUCGGCAAGAACCUGUCGCAGAUCAGGUCCUUCGUCCCGGAAGUCGUUAAAACCAUCUCCACAGCAGCCGAGGAAGUGAUCAGGCAGGGGGCGAGGACGGUGGUGGUCCCCGGGAUCCCGCCGAUGGGAUGCUCGCCGCCGAACCUAGCCAUGUUCCCCAGCGCCGAUCCGGCGGACUACGACCCCAGGACCGGCUGCCUGAAGGGCUUCAACGACCUGGCCGUCUACCACAACUCGCUGCUACAGGCGGCCGUCAGCGACGUGCAGACGAAGCACAGGAACGUCAGAGUCAUCUACGCUGAUUUCUUUACUCCGGUUAUCGACAUCGUUGAGUCCCCGGCAAAGCUAGGGUUUACCAGAGAUAUUCUGAGGUGUUGCUGUGGUGGAGGCGGCAAGUACAACUUCAACCUCAGCGCCGGCUGUGGCAUGCCGGGCUCCACGGUGUGCCAGGAUCCGUCGGCCUAUUUGUACUGGGAUGGCCACUUCACAGAAGCAGCCCACCGCUACAUUGCCGACGGCUGGCUUAACAGCAUAAACCACUGCAAACACUAG